AUGCCCCAGCUAGAGGAACACUCAGAUAAAAUUGUUGUCGAGGUCGCAGAAAAGUUCGACCCCGCCUCUUACUACGAGCAGGCUGCCGGUCGUUUGGUGAUCGAUCCUCAGCAGGCAAAGGUCGAGUUUGGUGAGACACUGGCUUCGAUGCUCAAACUGAGCCCCGACGGCUCCACGAUUCUCUGGCCACAGCCUACUGACGAUCCAAAUGACCCACAGAAUUGGAGUGAUCGGCGUAAAGCACUGCACCUUCUUGUUAUCACUCUGGCAGCCUGCAUACCCGAUUUUGAUUCAGGAAUUGGAAUUGCUUCAAUCUUUGGAUUGGCACAGACAUAUAGUACAACAACAGGUGUUAUCAAUAAUCUCACAUCCAACUGGAGCAUUUUCCUGCUAGGAUGGGGUGGGAUCUUUUGGGUAAUGCUCGUACGACGUUACGGUCGCCUUCCUGUGCUAUUUUGGACACAGGCACGUAUCUUUUUACGAUCAUUUUGUAGUGCUGGAAUCACAGUUUUUGCCCUUGCCUUCCUCGUUGGCGCUACCUUUUCACCAGAUCUGGCUACCUUCGCAGGAAUGCGCUGUUUGACAGCAUUUUUUGGGACAUGUCCCCAAGUCACAGGCCUGUAUAUUGUCACUGACAUAUUUCCAUUCCAUCUACAAGCUCGAAAGUUGAAUAUUUGGACCUUCGGAUUUAUCAUAUCCCCAUUCUUAUCGCCAUUCGCUUUUGGCUUUCUCGUAGCACGUACGAGCUGGCGAUGGGCCUAUGGAAUUGGAUCAUUCUACAGCGCCAUCGUUGUACUCCUAAUCGGUCUGUUCAUGGAAGAGACGCAAGUUGUUUAUACUUCACUACCCAUCUUGAUGUACGACCGCCAUCUGGAUCCCGACCAACGACGAAUAUUACCAGGUGUACAAUAUCGACUCGAGACCCUGAUUGGCAUCACGGGGUAUAAGAUGGGCAAGUAUCGGUCACGCUGGUCAGAGAUUAUAUGGGCAUGUUUGAACGUUGUAUGGAGGCCUCAAUUUUUCUUGGUUGCAUUUUUUGAAACCUUUGUUUUCGGAUUCUCAGUUGGUGUCAAUGUGACGAAUGUCGUUUUUAUGGGCUCCCCUCCUCCAGUUGGUUUUGGAUUCAGCCAAUUUGGGGUUGCUGGUGCAUACGCGACUCCGAUCCUAGCGGUAAUUCUAGGAGAGUUGGGUGGGCGAUUCCUGAAUGAUCGAAUUAUGAACUUUACUGUUCGGAAGAAUAAGGGUAUAUUCGAGGCUGAAAGUCGAUUAUGGCAGCUACUGAUCGGACGUGCGUACUGCAGGGCAUGUUAUGCAGCAAUGCCACUAUUCAUCUGCGGCUUCUUGACAUUGGGAGCUGGUGUUCAGCAUUUGAAUAAAAUUGCAUUUAUCUUAGGAUGGGGGAUAGCGGAAGUAGCGGUCAUGGUGAAUACAGUUGCCAUCUAUGCGUAUUGUAAUGAUUGCUUCCCGCGGCGUCAAGGAGAAAUUAGUGCUCUGCUCAACCUGGCGCGUGUGCUCGGUGGCUUCAGCGUAGCAUACUUCCAAGUCCCAUGGGCGACAAAAUCUGGUGGAAUUCAGACAUUUGGUGUUGAAGCAGCGAUUGUGAUGGGAUUGUUUUUACUUGGCGUGCCGACAGUGCAACUGAAAGGGAGAUAUUUCCGGGUGCGUGACAAUAUCAUGAUCUGA